AGCCAGCCAGAGCGCCCUGCGAGCAGUUGGGGGGAUUCGGUGCCUUGCUCAAGGGCACCUCGGCAGUACACAGGGCUGCGCAUGGGCUUUGGGGUUGUAGACGGUGAUGGCACUAAGCCAGGUCAGAGAAGACGCUCUCUCUUUGGCAUGUUAGGCUGUUGUUUUGAGUGAAGGAGGAGCAGUGCAGGUACCAGCCUAUCUCAGAGUUACCUGGUGAUUAGGGUUGAAGAAACUCAAUGUUGGCCUACCCACUAUGUUGGUUCAACUGGAUUCGCUUAGAAAUAAACGGCAGCAUGUAGCCAAAAAUAGUCAUCAGUAAUUAUCAUUGGGUGCUUUGCAUGCUGUUGUGAUCUCCUCUGCAAAAGUCAAAGUGGAAACUUUCACAAGUCUUCAGGCGAGAUUCAAGAGGAAAAGAUGUCCAGCUCCAGAAACCGCAAGGACGCAGUGCCUCUGCUACAGAGACCUCUUUAUGGCCUGUAUAACCAGGGAGCCACAUGUUACCUCAACAGUGUCCUUCAAGUUCUCUUCAUGACAACUGAGAUCCAUAACAGGUUGGAUCCAAAAUCACAGUUGAUAGAUCAAGAGCUGAGAAACAUCUUUGAAAAAUUGGAAGAAAGAACAUGCAGAACAGAAAACAUCACAGAGAGUUUGGAAAUUAAAAAUGUUAACAAACAACGUGAUGCUGCCGAAUGCCUGGAGCUGAUUUUAAAUAAGAUCAACAAACAGGCCUCUGAGGUUUUCCAAGGACAGCUGACAUACACAACAAAGUGCUGCAAAGGCCACAUCAUCAUUGAAGAGACAAAUCCAUUUUGGACUCUUCCACUGUCACUGAAAGAUACUCAUGAUACCUACCUGUACAGUGUGGAAAAAGGCAUUAAAAAGAUUUUUCAGACAAAAUCGCACAGUGGACGCAACAUGGUGUACUGCGUCGAAUGUAACGAGAAAACAGACGCAACCAGUGGAUGUGAGAUGGAGAAAUCUCCUCAGAUUUUGGUUCUACUCCUCAAGAGAUUUGACUUUGACUACAACACCAUGUCAGACGUCAAAUCAGACUGCUGGGUGGAGGUGCCUCGCGCUCUACAAAUAAAGAACAAGAAGUACAAACUGUAUGGGAUGGUGAAUCACAUGGGCAGUCUGAGAGGUGGACAUUACACAGCCACCAUCCUGUCCAAUGAGGACAAGACCUGGUAUGAGUUCAAUGAUGCUCACGUCAACAAGGUUGAGGACCAACCGUUUGCAAAAACUGGGAUUUACAAUUCCAGCACUGCAUAUCUGCUCGUGUACAGAGCCUCAGGGAGUCCGAGAGACAGGACGAAAGAGCAACAGGAUGAAAUCGAACAACCGGAUCAACGUAGGGGAUACAAAGGAAAAGAGAGGAAGAAAGCGUCACCAGUCCAUCAGGGUCGAGGAGAGGAGGGUGAUGCAAAACGUAAAAAGGUUUCAAGCUUCAACGAGGACAUGAUCAAAGCAGAUCCUCAACAUCUCCGCAAUCAAAGACAAAACAGAAGCCACUCCAAUGAGAGUUCUCCACAACUCUGCAAGAAUUUCAAGAAGAAUCCUCUUCUCAUUUUCCUCGUCGUUUUCGGUUGUGCGUUAAUUGUGAUUCUUAUUGUUGUUCUGACAACUGUGAACAUGACUUAAUAGAGG